AUGGCCACACUUGGACGGCGAAGAGGACCACUACUGGAUCGACGGUCUCGAUUGCUGGUCGGGUUCGGAGCUCUCCUCGUGCUCGGAACGACCACGCUCGUGCUGCAGAUGGUGCCGUCUAUGAACAGGUCGUUGGAAGCACGAAAACAACAGGAGGUGGCCAACGCCAUGCGGACGCACUUGAACGCCCUCGCCGAUGACGAGUUUGGGGGGAACGAAGUGUCGGGCGAAGAUCGGCUGCACUUGAGUUUGCUGCACGAAACGUGUGUACGGGACUCGGACGCGUCGCUUCCGUGGACGUUUGGCCGUCCAGGCCAUCAACUCCCGAACGCAACAGCGAGUAACCCAGAGGUACUGACGCACAAGGAGGACCCGGACAUGCUGGCGAAACUGCGACAGUGCCCCGACGUGGACAUUUUCCUUCCAGUUGGGAUACGUGGAAACGGGUAUUGUGAGGAUGCAGUGGCCUACGUGAAGUAUUUAAAGUCUCGGCUGUUGCUGCAGUGGACACUCGAAGUCAGGCUCUUCGAUCCAGCACUGGGCCGCACCGUCGACUACUUUGACUUGUGCCCGAAGACGCCCGUGAUUUUCUUUAAUCACUACUGGGACGGAGUGCCAUCGAUGCCACGUUGGCCCAAGGACAAACCCAUCUACGUGAUGCCAAACAUUGAAAUGUACGAAAUGACGGCAGAGCAUUAUUGGAAUGCGAGUGCAGUGCUAUGCAAGACAAAGGUGUGUUACGACAGAGUGACGAAAUGGUACGAACAAGAAGGCAGCCCACGUGACACAAAAGUGUUCUACACAAAGCACACGUCGUCCGAUCAGACCGACUUUGCUCGCAAACGCUUGGGGGAAGGCGCCAUUGCUCCAAAAGACUUUCUCGACGUCAAGUUCCUUCACACGGCUGGGACUAGCAAUCUCAAAGGCACGAGACAGCUGGUGCAGUGUUGGGUAAGUGAGCCUAGCCUACCUCCCCUCGACGUGUACAUUGACAAGGGGGCAUUCGAUGCAUCGGUCAAUGGUGACUUGAAGAAAUCGAUGCAACACAGUCGCAGCCCCCUUCAUGUCAACGUGGGCAUGGUAGAGCGCUCUGUGUUUGCUAAGAUGACUGCAGAGGCGGCAUUUUUCAUGUGUCCAAGUUUGAGCGAGGGCUACGGCCAUUACAUUAACCAGGCACGUGCAGCUGGAGCUGUGGUCAUCACCACCGACCUGCCUCCAAUGAAUGAGCUUAUUUCAUCGGGCACAACCGGCUUCCUGAUUCCGGUCAAGCGCCUCAAGGAUACGAACCAGAUACUGGGUGGUGAGUACGACAAGGAGCAUGGCUUAAAAGGCUUCGACGGGCUGGUUGGAUCUUUCAGCGGCACCGAUGUGUGCAAAGCUGUUCGAGAAAUGGUCGGCUCUACGACAGCUGAUCAGCGGGCUAUAAUCGGAGCCAGAGCGCGCCAAGCUUACAACGCAGACACCAAGUUCUUUGCUAGCGCCAUGGAAGAGGUUCGAGAAUUUGCAAGACGUGGCUUGUACGUGAAUCGACGUCCGUAG